CGUAACCGUAGCGUACUGUACGUAGUGUACGUACUGGACACGGGACAAAUUCCCCGUUUCCCACCGAACGUUGUUUUUUUUUUUUUAUCGCCAAAAUGGCAGCAGGUUCAUGUGUUUACAAACUUUUGCUGCCGCUGCUCAGGGGACGCUUUUGCAGUGGAACGUCUUUUGGUGCCACACGCUCAGCUGUCCGUGCGUUCUCGCGCACGGACAUUCGUUCCCAGUUGCCCAGAGCGGGGGGCGCCGGUACCGUAAACGCUCUGACGGGGGAAGUGGACCGGUUCGGCGGAGUCACCGUGAACCUGGAGGACGCCGGUUUACCCGCGGACAUCAGCGACAGUUUAUUCGGCAGAUUACUGCGAGAGUCUCUGGUGCGGUGGAAAGCAGAGGGGAAGGUAGCAGUGUGGCUCCGGGUUCCCAUCUCACUGAGUCGAUGUGCCGCCGCAGCUUCCGCUCACGGCUUCACCUUCCACCACGCCAGGCACCACCACGCCGUCCUCGCUCUGUGGCUGGGAGACGGCGAGAGCAGACUGCCGGGGUUUGCCACUCACCAGGUCGGCGUGGCAGGUGCAGUCGUGGAUGAAUCCAAUGGGAAAGUUCUCGUCGUCCAAGACAGAAACAAGACAAAGAACGCUUGGAAGUUCCCCGGUGGUUUGUCUGAUCCUGGAGAAAACAUCGGAGCCACGGCGGUACGUGAAGUGUUGGAGGAAACGGGCGUUCGCUCCGAGUUCCGGUCUCUGCUCAGCGUCCGGCAGCAGCACGACCACCCCGGCGCCUUCGGCAUGUCGGACAUGUACGUCAUCUGCCGCCUCAGCCCGCUCACCUACGACAUCGACUUCUGCACGCAGGAGUGUCUGCGCUGCGAUUGGCUGGACCUCGCUGACCUCGCCCACACGGACGACACCACGCCCAUCACCUCGCGCGUCGCCAAGCUGCUGCUUCACGGCCUCGAGCGCGGCUUUGACCACGUGGACCUGACCAUGGAGGAGCUUCCUGCCGUCUACUCUGGAAAGUUCUACCAGCUCUAUCACAGACGGCUUCCCCCGACACGAGAGCGCUAA